UUAUGUGGACAUAAUACCCAUUUGUCACUUGGCUCUUCAAAUUUUCACUGGCGUUGUCCGUGCUCGUGUGCUGUAUGCCUUUGUCUGCUCGUUCUGCGUGUGAAGUUCUUGCACUGGCACCUUCGCCUUUCUUUCCUUCACCCAUUUCGUCAUACAAGGAUUCCGCCUGCGUGAGUGACGAUCAACCAAGAUUAUGAUAGGAAGACCAGAAGAGCUGGCUUAUGUCGGCUCUCAUGCUGUCAUUUCGAUCGACUGACACGCAUUGCCAUCAGGAAUCCUGGGAAAUCAAUCACUCUUCGUUGUGCCUGUGCCCGCUCGUUCCCUCACCUUCGCUCCUUGCUGUUUCGUUUCAUCUUAUCUUUCGUCGAUCCGUGACGGAUGCUCUAUGCUCUUGUCUUAACUUGUCAUUGCACUCCAUGCCUGCGCGUGACGAUCCCGUAGGGACAUCGGAACUUCCUAGGGAGUAAUGACCGAUCCAAUACACGGAAUUAAUGGGAAUCUCUCUGAUGCAGGAAUUUUAUCUCGGCAUACUCCCCUUUCUUUUCUCCCGAAAUCCCCUCUUGUUGCUCCUUUCCCCGUCCUGUAAUGUUGUAGAGUCAAAUUUGACGUCUGAAUUUUGCCGUUUGUCGAAUUUUCGUAUGUUCUGUGGCAUUGUUGCCUUCUGUUAUUCACACCACCCUCCUGCGCGUGACGAUCCCGUAGGGACAUCGGAACUCCCUAGGGAGUAGUGACCGAUCCAAUACACGGAAUCAAUGGGAAUCUCUCUGAUGCAGGAACUUUCCCUCAGUUAUUUUUUCCCUCUGGUUUCAUGUCAAAGAUCUCCUUGUGUUUCCCUCCCUCCUCCCUCACCAUGUUCUUAAAAAAACCUUCUCUUUCGUUCGGUACGUGGCCAGUCUCUGCUUCAGCGAUCUACGUAGUGCUCGACUUCGUCGGUGAAUGGACCUGCCCCUAAGGAACUGGUUACCUGCUAAUUCUGGGUCCAGAUGAGCAAAGCAUCGGAAAUUGGUUGGAUGAACCCAUAACUCCUGUAGUAAGUCACCACCACUCAGGAUUGCCCUGGAAAAUGAACUAACAAUGAAUGAGUGUAUCAUUGCAGUCACCACUAGAAGCUCAAUGUAUUUUUCCAGCUUAUUAUCACUCGUACCGCUCCAGAAGAUACAGGCGGAAUUUCUCGCAAGCCGAAGAAGCUAGAGGAUGUUUUGGUAAGCGCCUUCAGCCUCACGCGUGAUAGACUCGUGGACAAGCCGAUUAGAAUGAGAUUACUCAAUGCUAUAGAAACCGUGCGUUUUUAGGAGCCCUGACUGCAUAGGAGGAGGCGUAUUGGACAGGUCGCGUGACUGUAUAGCAGCCGUGACCGAAUAGGAUUUUGGGUGAUGCAUAGGACAUAGGACUCGACUCGGAAUCGUGUGUAGCCAGCAUAAAUAACCGCGCAUUGACAAGUCUCGGCGAAGUAACGCGCGCGGCAGAGGCGCACGCCCCGCGAUAGUGACUGUGACUGGCUGUGCAAGCCGCCACUGUAGGAGAAGCAUUGACAAGGCCAGCUGACGAGCAGACGAGCAGACGACGAGCAGACGACGAGCAGACGACGAGCAGACGACGAGCAGACGACGAGCAGACGAGGCGCGGAAGAGCACAGCAGGCUGAGAGACGCGCACCCAUCGAUAGUCGCAGCAGCUGCUGCCGGAUCUGUGAAAGCCCGUCAUUAAACAACCUGUGACGAAGGUGCCGCUCUAAGAGCCGUGACUGUAGGGGUGGUGACUGUUGACGCCGUGACUGUAGGACCAACUAUGGACCGCGCACUGUAGGACCCGUGACUGUAGGAGCCGUGAAACUAUGGAGCGCGUUUUGAGAAGCCUUGACAAGGUGACGAGCACAGCAGAGGCGCAUACCCGGCGAUGGUCGCAGCAGCUGCUGCCGGAUUUGCUCGCGCUGCUCUCCUCUGCUGCUGCCAUCCUCGACAGACUUCCUUUUCUUAUCGAUCAGACCAACUAUGGCGUGCUGCAACUGUCGCCUCCGAUUAACCCACCUUCCCCUUUCCCUGCUGCUGCUGCAACUGUUGCUGCACCUACCAGCAGCAGCAGCAGCAGCACCAGCAGUAAUGGUACAGUAACGGCUGCUGCCAAUAGCAGCAGCAGCAGCACCACCACUACCACCACCACCUCCACCACCAUUACCAGCAGCAGCAGCAAUGAGGGGGAACAUAUGGGGGCGAUCACAGCAGCAGUCACUGUGGCUACAGGAACAGCUGCCGCCAGUAGCAGCAGCAGCACCACCACCACCACUAGCAGCACCAGCAGCAAUGAGGGGGAACACACGAGGGCGAUCACAGCAGCAGUUACAGCAAGACAAGUGGAGUCACUUGAACGCAUUCUGCGUUCGGCUGGGGAUACUCUGAAGGAAAUGGCCAAGGUUUCAGCAGCGCUGCAGAAGCUGACAAGAGAUGCCGACCGGGUUGUAGCGGCGCUACAGCCAAGGCCCACAGAGGAUGAGAGAAGCCGCCGGCGGGGGCUGCAUGCCAGCCUGGCAGAGACAUGUGGCGGGCUGCGAUUGGUUGCCGAUUCGUACUGUAAUGAGCUCCGUUUGAAGCAACAGCUGGUGGCAGCGAUCACAUACAACACAUCCCAAAGCGACAUGGCUGCCAUUCUCACAGUCUUGGAGGACGAACCCUGCAUCGACACACUGCGAGUGGAAGGGUAUUUCGCUCUCAUGCGUGCUACAGCCACAGGAGCUUGAGAGUAGUAUCAGGGUGCAAAUCCAUGAACCUUUACCUGUAGCACAUGGUUCCGAAGAGCAGAGUGGUUCUGUGCGGUGGAAGGGUAUUUCGCGCUCAUGCGUGCUGCAGCUACAGGAGCUUGAGUGUCCUAUUAGGGCUGUGGCAGCACAGGCCUUCACAUCAAAGUGGUUCUGUGCGGUGCAGAUGGUUAUUGUGUGGUGGGGAUGCGAUCCAGUAUAGUUGCAAUUACAGCAGGAGCUUGUAUUGAGGUGAAUUCUCAAGUGGCUGUGCAGUCCCGUGCUGCUCUACAGUAGCACCUCUUUAUCGAAUUGUUAAGUGCAGAAUAUACGGCCUAAAUGUCAAGGAGCAUCUGAAGGGCGGUUUCUUGUACGGAUGUUCACCUGAAUGUCUAUCUGGUGAACACCCAC